AUGAAUUGGCGCCUUUCUAGUGCUGUCAUAGUUGCAUUCAUUCUUCUAGUAUCGUUCGGGAUAAAAAGGGUUAUAUUACCAUCAAUCCCGUUGACAAGUCCAGAAACUUUAAAGGGGUUGUAUGAGCAGUCGUUGAAGUUGAAUUCAGAUUUCGAAAAUUCAACGCAUCUAUUACUACAGGAUUCUCGUUUAAAGCCUGCAACAAAUUCAUAUGUGGAUGCUAGAUUUCCAGAUGUUGAAAAGCAACGUUCUUCUCCUCAUUUAGAAAAUGCUACCAUUCUAAUGCUCUGUCGGAACUGGGAACUACCCGAGGUUUUAAAGUCAAUGCGAGAAUUAGAAGAUAGAUUCAAUCGUGAUUAUCAUUAUCCAUGGGUUUUUCUCAAUGAUGCAAACUUUACUUCCGAAUUUAUAACUGAGACUUCUGCCAUGGCCACAGGUGAAACAUUUUAUGGGCAUAUUCCACCAGAAGAUUGGAAUACCCCAGAAUACAUUAAUAAAACAAAAUAUAAUGAGAGCAUACUAAAUUUUACGAAAAAUGAUGUAAUAUAUGGUGACUCUAGAUCCUAUAGAAACAUGUGUCACUUCAACUCUGGAUUUUUCUUUAGGCAGAAACUGCUCCUGAACUAUGACUAUUAUUUUCGAGUUGAACCGGGUGUUCGAUAUUUUUGCGACUUUCAAAUGGACCCAUUUCGACUCAUGAGAGAGAAACGCAAGAAAUAUGGUUUUGUUAUUUCUAUUUUGGAGUACCCAGACACAAUUCCAACGUUGUGGAACACAGUUGAAAACUUUCUCACGGAAUACCCUAGUUAUUUACAUGAAAAUUCAUCCAUAGCAUUCAUCACCUCCAAAGACCCGAUAGGUCCAGAAACUUUGAUUCCAAAAGAUGCUUCCCCGUACAAUAUGUGUCACUUUUGGUCUAAUUUCGAGAUUGGUGACCUUAACUUCUUCCGCUCGCAAGAAUAUCUUGAUUACUUCAACUUUUUAAGUAGGAGUGGAGGAUUUUAUUAUGAAAGAUGGGGUGAUGCACCAGUUCAUACUAUAGCAGCUAGUUUACUUUUAGAUAGGGAUGACAUUAUAGAUUUCGAAGAUAUAGGGUACACGCAUCCUCCGUUUUUCACUUUUCCGGAUUCUGUGUCUCUCCAAGUUGGUAAGCGGUGCAUUAUUCCUCAAAACGAAAAAAACUUGGACAUCCUCCCGCACAGCUGCCUUCCAAGGUGGUGGAGAUAUGGAAGUGGAAAAAGAUUUCUCCGGGAGUAUUUCCAUGAAGAAGACUAUUUAUAA